AGGAUAUGGAACAGCAACCCAUAUGCUGGUAUGGUACGUCUUCAGGGUGGAUAUUAUUCUAAUGAAGGACGUGUUGAGGUUUAUUGUAAUGGACAGUGGGGGACAAUAUGCAGCAUUGGAUUUAGUGCAAGUGAUGCUAAUACUAUUUGUAGGCAGCUUGGAUAUGACUCUGGUUUAAGAAAAUAUGAUUCAAUAUAUGGCAAUACAAGUCAGCCAAUCUGGAGUACUAACAUGUAUAGUACAUCAGGUGAUACAUGUUUUGGUUCAAGUAACACUUGUCCUUCAAGCUCUAUUGCUAAUUGCUCUUACUACACUGAUAGCUUAGUUACAUGCAGUUAG